AUGGUACCACUUGUGCAGGUGAUACCUGCUGUAAAAGAAGAAGAAAAUGGCGUGAUCCAGUUAUAUUCCUCAGAAAAAAAUCCAAGAGACCAGAGCAGCCUACCUGAACUUGAUCAAAUUUUGGUUGAGCCAGGCCCAGGUAGGGAAACAAAAAGAACUACUGCCGCUGCUGGUCAGAUUCUGAACAAAGCAGUAGCGAUAGCUUGGUGUCUGAUAAAUAGUCUGGUAAAUUGCUUGGAAUACCCAGAAAAUUGGUUGGAAGAUACACGUGGCAUGCUGAUGGUUGUGGCAACCAUGAUAUCAACUUCAACAUUCCAAGCUGCAGUUAACCCACCCCAGAGCGCUGGAAAAGGCGACAGCAACCGAGAUGACUUAAUCGCGUUCGGAACAUUUAAUACCCUCUCGUUCAUUGCUUCUCUCAGUGUCACCUUUUUGCUCGUUGGCGGAUUUCCCCUCCGGAAUCGUGUAAUUAUGUGGCUUUUAACAAUGGCCAUGUGUCUCACUCUCGCUUUUAUGGCACUCACCUAUUCAAUGGCUCUCGUCUUAGUUUGGGAUCAUACUACAAGUUUGCGAUCAGUUGCAAAUGCAUUCCUGGUAUUAAUUAUGGUUUUGACUCUACCUACAUUGCUUAUAACCAUCGCUUCAAUGCACACCAUUCGCCUUAUCAUUUGGUUGUCAAGGAAGUUGUGGGGCAGGUUCAAGCAUAAGAUCCCAAAAAGCCUCAGGAACGUGGUUGAUAGUUCGGUGGAUAGUUCAAGAGCACGUCACAGUACCAACAAUAUCUGA